AUGGUCUCCAGCUCUGAUUUCGCCGAAGUCGUGGCUCUUCAGUCCGGAGAUGGUAUGACACGCAUGCUCGUGCAUAAGGAUAUCAUCACCAAGAAGUCGCUCCGCCUUCAGCGAGAGCUGGUCAGCCAAGACCUAUAUCGUCUAGCUGACUGGCCUGCGACCACAUACCUCGCCGACUCUCUCGAUGCGCUGAAGCUAUACGUCACAUGGUGCUACACCGGAUCUGUCAGCGAGGACGUCACAAGGAGGGAUUCUUCUGGCGACUGGCUGAUUGCAUUUGCGGAAUACAAGUGUGGACUGUGGCUCCUUGACGCCCAGUAUGCCAACGCAAUCAUGGACAAGUUGAUGGAGCAGGACUUCGAUGCUAGGACCUUGAUUGACCACUGCUGCGAAAUGGUUCAACAUGGUCUGGAGCGCUUGAAGAUCUGGCAGUGGUACAUCCACCGUCUCGCGGCGAAGAUAUCGAGUGACGAUCUGAUUCGGAGUGGCAAAGAACAAAAGUACUGUGAGCCUGAGGGCCUCCCACGAGUGCUUCUGGAAGAUGUCCUCUUUGAGAUGACGAAGUGCCGCGAGCAAUCUGAGGUCUCCACUGCUGGACCCAUCUCAGCGGAUCGCGAGAAGUAUCACAUGAGCGAGGAGACCGUGGAAGGAUUUUGGGAAGCUUGGGUCACGAACGAGGAAGUGUUUUGA